GUUUACUCGUUGGGAUGACACGUAGUGGAGAGCUUGUAGGCUCUCAAGCAGGUACAUUUAGUUGGUAUAUAAGCCAGGUAGGCGCGGGUCAAACCUCGUGGGUUGACAUAGGCUUAGUAUGGACCAUCCCUGCACAAGGCAAGUGGAGUUGGCUGGAGAGGCCACGUAUUGGGGACUUAUAAUAAUAAAUUUUAUAUGUGGAUGAGACACCUGUGGCCACUGAGCCUAGGGCUUUACUUUAAGCCCUAGUUGGGUGGUAGGGUUUAAAUAGACACCUUAUCCCGGCUGUAUCUCAUUAUACAGCUUUGGUAGUUGGCGGGGAUUUCGGCUGGAAACACUCUCCUCUAGUUACAACAUGUGCUAGCAAUUCAGCUCGGCUUGCAUUUACACAUCAGAUAGCAUCGGAAUGGAGCGAGGUGCGGGAAGUGAAGCGUAUGCGAGAGUUGGGGCGGAAACCCCAGGCUGGCGACACCGAGAAGAUGUGGGAACUCAGGAUGAAGUUUCUGGAGCAAACCAAGAAAUACUUCGGGGUCCACUACCAUAGAAAAUACUGGGGUGUCGACACCCCAGAGUACAAUGAACCAUUCUUCCUGGACUGUUGUGGGCUGGUUCGUCGUGUUAUGAGAGACCUACAAGAUGACUUUGGCUUCCGUAUGGGCCCCUGGAAUCAGGCUUACCAGUUUGAUACCCUUCCAAUUGUGCUUGAAGAGAAAGACAUGAAACCUGGAGAUUUGGUGUUCAUAUCUGCCAUAUACAAUAACAAAAAAUCAAAGAAACAGCCUCACAACAUGGUCCAUGUAGAAGUAUGGUUGGGGGAUGGACCAAAGACUAUUGGGGCACGUUGGCAGAAAGGAGUAGUCCAGGUGUUUGAUAGUUAUGCAUUUGAAGCCAAGUCUUACCACAGCCCCACCUAUCUAUUUAGAUCCAUAGAUACAUGGCUAAUGGGCGUAUGUCAGAGUUAUUGUCCCGAGCAUCCCUGGACAAAGACGAAGUUAAAACCGAAGCAGAUAAGCAAGCACUCCAUCUUUGCAGUGUCAGAUGAUGAAGAGGAUGCUGGUGACACAGAUGAUGAACUAAUCGAGAGUUGGGAUGAAGAAGCCUUCAAGAAACAUCUUGAUCCCAUUGAGAACAUUGACACUGAAUGUAGCGAAAAACUGGAUUCUCUUUCCAUUCAGGAUCAGAGUCUUGAUAAGGAGAACAUAGGUGGUGCUUCAAAGGGAGAUUCUGCUCCUAAAGGAGACGAUGCUCCUAAUGAUGCGGGUGAUGAUAACAAAGGAGGCACAAGUGAACCAGCAGGUUCUGGUCACAAUUCAGGUGGCAACUCUGGAGCUACCAAAGGGAACGUGAGCCCCUCCAGAGGGAUGAGGCGAGAUGGAAAGAAUGGCAAGAAGUCACCUGGGGAUGGUUCCCCGAGGGGGAGUCCUACAAGAGCCCCCGCAAGGACGAGUGUGGCAUCUAGCAAAGAACCAACAUUCUAUAUAGGAGGGGGCAAUGGGAAUCCACUGAUUGAAGGACCACUGGUUGAAAUGGGCUGGAAGAGGAUUACUGACAAAUACAGCGAGACAUUCAAGCUGAAAUGGGUCGAGUGCAAAAGUACAAUCAACUACUCUGCUUUUAGAGAAGGAGAUCAGCUAGUGAACCAUAUCCCAAAUUGUAACCUGCUCACCAACAAGAUGGGCCUGUUGAACAGUCUACAGGAGUACGAGAGGACAAAGGUGGGGAGAGGGCCCAAGCUAAAGAUGAACAGCUUUGUACCUGAGACUUAUAAACUUGACAGGAAGGCAGAUGUGGAAGCAUUUAUUGAAACAUAUAAAGAGGGUGAAAUCUGGAUCUGUAAGCCUACAGGAGCCAAUCAGGGCAAAGGAAUCUAUCUGAUACGCAGUAUGGAAGAGUUUGAGAAAACGAUGCAAGAAAGACAGGAGAAGCAACAAAACACACGUCCUGGUAGGAGUAUCGGCAACAGAAUUAUACAGAGGUAUAUCCACAACCCACUUCUGCUAGAGGGAAAGAAGUUUGACAUUCGGGCAUACAUGUUGAUAGCCAGUACAGUGCCCUACCUUGUGGUCUUCCACCAGGGCUAUGUUAGGCUCAGUAUGAUGGACUAUGACAAUGAUAGCACCAACCUCAUUGCUCAUCUCACCAACCAGUAUAUACAGAAGAAAGAUCCCAACUAUAAAGCAUCCAAAGAGGAAACAGCAUGGAGUAUGGACAAGUUUAAUGACUACAUUAACACUAAAGUGGCACCAGGCAAAUGUAUAGAGGUUGACUGGGUCUUUAAGACAUUUACGGAAACAAUGAAGAAAAUCAUGGUUCACCUAUUCAAGGCAGUACAGGGCAGGCUGGAGAAGAAGAUAGGUUUCUUUGACCUUUAUGGCCUAGACUUCAUGAUUGAUGAUAACAUGAACAUCUACCUUAUUGAGGUGAAUGUGAACCCCUCCCUUGCCACUAAUUGUUCUGCAUUGAAGGAUGUUAUACCUGGAGUGGUGGAGGAAUCGCUACAUCUUGCUAUAGAAUGUUUUGAGAAGAGUAGGAAAAACCAACCAAUAAUGCCCCUCAAGUCCCUCAAAAAAAUGACGAUAUUACACAAUGGUGAGGGAGGCCAGGGGUCACCUGUGCGAGGAAUAAGGACACAAUCAGAACGUAGAGCUCGCUCUCCAUUGAAGGAGGCUACCCCUGUGACAAGAGUACCAAGUGAUAAACCCUCGGGGGGCAGUAGAUCUGGAGCCAAGAGUGCCCCAUUUGGUCUAACUCAGUCUAAAGUGAGACCACGAGCAACCACAGAAACAAAAUCAGAAACACUCCCUGUGUCAACCGUAUCUAUUGAUCCAAUUAAAUUGAAAAUGACCCAUGCAAUAACAUGCUAUAGUGGGAAAGAUACUGUCAAAGAUAAGAAUGAGCCUAGGUCUAAAACUUCAGUGAAUCUAAAAGGAACAACAAAACCCAGAGGUAUUAAAGCAGAACCAAUGACACAAACUAAACCUCAGGGAUCUACUAGUGCAGCUGCUGGGCAGAUUAAGGAUAAACCUGCAAGAACAGUUACAAUUACAGUAGAGGAACCAACCAAAUCUGAUGGUACAGCUAACACUAUUAAAGAUAACAGUGUCAAAGUUGAAAAUGUGAAGGAUAACAGAGGAAAUUGAUGAAAAAAUAACAAAGGUAAAGAGGUGUAUGAAAGAUAAGUGUGAAGGAUAAUAGCUUGAAAGAUAAAAGUGUGAAGGAUAAUAGGUUGAAUGAUAACAGUGUAAAGGAUAAUAGAGGAAAUUAAUGAAAAGAAAAAGUGUGAAGAUAAUAUUGAAAGGAAAAAUGACAAAAAACAAAUGAGUAAGAGCAGAGGAAACAUAUACCAGUACAUGUACAUGUACAUGUAUUGAUGAAAUGAUAUGAAAGAAAAAUAACGGUUAAUUCCUGUGCCAUAUUAAUGCACCUCAGUAUUUUCUUCAUAUGACAUGAAUGUAAGCAUAAUUGAUUUGGGUCAAGAUGUAUUUCAGAAAAAACCUUGUGUGGUUUGACAUGUUUUAAGAUCCAUGAAUUCUCGCUGUGUGAAAAACACGAGAGCUCUCUGAAAACACUCAGAUAUGAGAGUACAUGUACUUUAACUAUAGACUUUGUUAAUUUAUUGCGAAUUCUAUAAUUAUAUUAUAUGGUAUUAACUUCAAAAUAAUGUGUGACUUUUUACAAUAAAUGCUUGUUUCAACGAUCAGCUAAAUGGCUUAUUAAAACUGUGAAUGCAUAGUUACUGCUUAUAUUGUACUAUUUAAGACAAUUUAUAGAUAUUUCCGGUAAUUAUAAAAGUUAUCAGAAUCAUGGAUCAUCCAAUUGUAUUUAAUAGAAUUCAAAUAAUUUGAUAUUGUGUGAGCUGAUGUUGCAUAUACUGGUACGUAUAUAUUAAGGAAUAUGUUAGAGAAUAUGUCAUAUUGUCAUGUCACUUCUACGUAAUGUUAUGUGAUGUAAUACCCUCCCUGAAAAGAUUUCAAAAACCUCAAGUGGGGGUAAUGGAAUUAUUUUGUGGAAUGAUUUGAGAUGUAUCCAUUCUGUGAUAUGAUAGAACCAUGUCUACAGGGUGUUCCUGUAUAAAUAUUCAGUAUGGGGUACACUGGUACCUCUGAUUAAAUGGGUUGCAUUACGUGUUGGAGCACCCUGUAUAGAUCAGAUGGUGUAAAAAAAUUUAUUAAACACUAAAGUGUUCAACACUUGUGUUAUAUAAAGAGUAAUUUUAAUUACUAUUUAGAGAAUAUUAGCAGUGUUCAGCUCCGUCCAAUAUAUUUUAUUCCGUCCAAUAGUCUACAAUUUUGCAGACAGUAUGUUUAUUUGCACCUGUAUCUUCAGUCAAGUUAUAUACUGAUGUCAACAAAAUGAUAUCUGUACGCUCAAUUUAAAGCUAGAAUCAAGAACAGAAUGUUCAGUGUAUUUCUGACUUUAUAAUGACAGUGUUUAUAUUGUGUAUUGUAUUGUACUAUACUGUAUUGUAUUUUUAUUUAUGAUUUUCUCUGCUGGCAUAACACUACUAUAUCAGUUAUCAGUAUUUAACAACGU